GUCUGCCACAUGCAAGGGCAGAAGGACAUCGACGCUGACAUGCCCCUGCAGGAAAACAGACGCUUUGAGGCCGGGGGAACUGUGUGUCUGCAGCUGGAGAACAUGUGAUAAUGGAUGACUUAGAUCACAGCAUUCACAUUGCUGAGAAUGACUGGAGCACCUUCUGUGACGAGAGCGAGGAGUGCGAUCUGCUGCAGCCGUCGCUGGCCUACCCUGACGACUGCAGCCUCAGCGAUGCAGAGCAUUCAGGAAACUCCACUUCAGUUGUGCAGCAGCUAACACAAAGAGGCCCUGAUGCAAACUGUGAUGGAAGGGAAAGCAACACCACAGAGGGGACAGUUUCAGAGCAGCCUGACAAAAGUGGAUGUGUGCUGGAUGUUGCAACACGCGUGAAACUGGUGGAAACCUGUGGCUGGCGUCCUGGAGGAGAUGCCUUCAGCGCAGAGGAGACGGACUCACAGGGAACUAUAAAGACAGGAACGGGAGCCCUGCAGGCUGACUUCAUCAAUAAUCAGAGUUCAGGAGCUGGAAAGGAUAAAUAUUUGCAAACAAAGAGUGACCAGAACUCCCCAAGGGAACUUGAUCCAACUCCUUGUAAUCAAGACUUGCAGAAUGUCAAUGAGCCAGGCACUACAGGGAUGAUGGAGGUGAAAGUAGAGAAGGAUCGGUGGUUUGUGACAGUGAACGAGAAACCCUGGAGGCAGCGAGGGCAUUCGAGUACUUUGAAAAAAAAACGCCAACAAAAAAGCACUAAUGAGGGAAGUCCUCUGACAUCGUCGGGAAGCGACGUAGACAAGGAGAAAACGAAAACGGAGUCAAAUGUAAUAAAGGACACAGAGUUAAAACCAAGCCAAAGUUUAGGAAACAAACAAACUGUAAGUUUAGUAGAAAAACGGGCUGUAUUUCAGGAGGAAACCACCAAUACAUGCAGGCCCGGCCCCACAGCAUGGACACCGAUGGAGGACAAACUCUGUCACGAGUCUGAGGACUUCUCCAGUCACAGCUCUGAAGCUGCUCAAUCAGCGGAGGAUUCUUCUCUUCACGACCUUUUCAUGGAAAACCAGCUCUUUCAAAGCUCAUUACUGCUCCCAGGUGAUGGGCUUGAGCCCAGCUCCACUAACAACUCUGACCAAACUAAUGGAGGACAAAUGCACAGUUCUGAUAGAACUCUGUCCAGCACCUCAACGGCCGGCGCUGACACCCCCCUCGCAUGCUCAUCUGCAGCUCAGGAAACCUCAGAUGGUAGAGGUGAAGAUGCCGCACGCACCAAUAACAGACAUUCGGGAACACAAACUCCAACAGAAAGCCUUCAGGCUGCUCCACAGGGGGACAGACUUGACCCCGCUCAGGUCUCGGCCCCAGCUCCUGACAGCCCUGAAAGGCACGCCAGAGCUGAGGGCAACACUCGGCCCGUGUACGCCAUCUCCACUUUCUGGGACCACAUGGAAAAACUCACGAUCAACGAUAUUUUACACCUUAGGAUGGGAGCAAGCAGGGCCCCCAGACAGGAUCCGGAGGUGCCACAUGGAGACGAUGUCACGGAUGCAGGUGACACAGCAGACUCUGACUACUUCACACAGUCGGAUGAAUCCAAACCGGAGCAGGCAGGUUGUGAGUUCUCCACCUCGGAUUUUGAGGAGGAAUAUUGGCAGCAUAUUGGUGCGGGAAGGAACGUGAGCUCUGAUUCUGACAGUGAAACGCAGCAAAGCUGUUUUGUUUCUGGCGACGAUACAAACUCUGAAGGAGGAGCUACACCCGUUCCUCUGGAGGAGGUACCAGGACAACAUUUGGACUCUCAGGAACCUCAAACUUUCUUCAUGGGGCCACAACAGAUGAAAAAAAGCAAAUCUUUCUUCAACAUAAGCAGCCUUGUAGAAGAGGCCUCACCUUUGCUGUCCUUACUGGAUAAUAAUGGUGGCAGUCUAUCUCUCUGCACAUUUCAGAAUUUUGAGGAAAACAAGGACUUUAUAGUGAAUAGCCUGGAAACACCCGUUUGUUCUCCUCUGUUCUGCAUGGAUGUACCGCCAAUCCAUCACCAGAUGUCUUUCUCAGAGACGUUUCAGUACUUUUUCACAGACACUGAAGCGAAGGUCCAGCUUUAUGACCCAGAGGACAUAUCCGUGAUUCCUGCCUUCUGCUGCACUUGCAGUGCCUUUAUGGAGCAUUUACCCCAAAUUCCUGUCCAGGGUUGUAGGGAAAAGCCCAUCCCUAUUUUCUCCACAGUCAGACACCUCACAUUCCCAAAACAGUCCUUUGCUCCCAUGAAUUCAGACGAUGAGGAGCUGGAGAAAGGCUCUCCGAUCAGCACAGCAUCGUAUUCUGUCCUCCAAGCUGGUCCUCAUGGAGCCUCAGCAGCAGCCGUGGGUGGAUCCUGCUGGUGGAGGAGUUUCCAGUCACUGCGGAUGAUUGGCUUCCUGGACAAAGGCAGCAUCUGGAGCGGAAGAUCCGGAGUAUGGAGCUUUCCAGCCGUGGCACCCGGAGGCGGAGGAGCCUUCCCAGCUUCUCCUGAGGCGUUCAGAGGAGAUGAGGAGUCGCAGAAGGUCACGCAAACCUUUUGGACAACAAAGCAACAUGGGAUUUUCUCUUCAGUAAAGCAGUCAGACAUGUGUUUAGUCUGCAUUGCUUUCGCCUCCUGGGUACUAAAAUCCUCGGAUCCAGAUGCUGCUGAUGCCUGGAAAGCAGCUCUUUUAGCGAACGUGAGUGCUUUGUCGGCGAUCCAGUACCUGCGACAGUACGUGAAGAAGAAGGCUCCUCUCUCGGGUCACCUCUGAGGCCGGCACACACACUGAGGAAUCUCCAAACAGUCUCCCUUGGGUCCAUCCACAGCACAUGCUUCUCUGCUCUGAGCCCAAACUGCUGCAUCCUGGUGGGGUUUUCCUGCCGUCUCAUUCCUCUGUCUGGACCAUGACUUCAUUGGUGUCAUGGUGGAGAGGAUUUCAUGUAAUCCAUGGACACCAGUGAAGAUCACAAAUCAUUGAAGAAAAAAGGUUCAGAGCACUGUCUUGUGUUUCUGGAUUUUUUUUUUUUGGCCAAAACAGAAUUUUAGGUUUUAGACUUACAAAUAUAGCAAGAACAUUGACCUCUCUUGCUACAAAAGGUUGGGGAUAGUUUGUGGAAACUGCUUUAAUCACCGGAUGAAAUACCAAAUUACAGACCCUAAAGUUGUUCUCAUUCAAAUGUACAAAAGAGCCAUUUCAGAUGACAUUAGGCUGGUCAGACAGAAACGAUGUUGGGGUGCACUGUUCCAGUUUGCUCUGUAGAUGUCAUUCUCCAUCAUGGAAUAAAAAAUAAAAAAUAUAUUUUUCUUCA